AUGAUGAACAAGAAACUUUCAACUUUCUCAUUUCUGCCACUUAAAUUUAUUGGAUUGCUGAUUUUGCCACAGGAAGGUAACCAGAAACGCCAUGAACAACCUACAAACUCCGUGAGAAGAAGCUUGAAGAGGAAGCUGGAGGACGAAUUCAUCGUGGAUCGGAAGAUCACUUCAUCUGAUGACGCGACUCAACAAGAUCUACUAUCUGAAGUUCGCGCUCAGGUCAAAAUCCUCGACUAUACUUUUUCAUCGAACGGAUCAGAUCGUGCUUUAGUCAAACGUUCGAUUCAUAUCCUCUCCGAACUCGCCAAAAACGUUGUCGUUGAUUUUUGUUUAUGCAUCAUAUUUCUUCACUUGAUAACUCCUCCGCUCUAUUCCUAUGGUGGUCGUCAACGUCGAAAUCGAUGGAUGACAGCGGAGCUACGAUCGAUCAAAGUGGUAAGGUCGAUGGCGAUUGCUGAAAUCGCGAGGAGGGGCAGGUCGGAAGCCAUCUUCUUCGGUGAGUUCCUCAACGCUCUUUCUCUCUUCUCAUCAAUACCUAAAUGA